AUGGCCGCCGCUAUUCAAGCUCUCCUCGUCCUCGCCCUCUUUCACCUCGCCACUGCGACGCCUGUCGUUGGCAAGCAGACUGUGAGCACUGUAUCUACGGGAUUCCUGGGCCACCCUGUGGGCUAUGGAGGCCUGGGCUAUGGAGGUCUGGGCUAUGGAGGUCUGGGCUAUGGAGGUCUGGGCUAUGGUGGUCUGGGCUAUGGUGGUCUCGGCUAUCACGGAGCGGCCCUUGGAGGUGCCUACACGCACCAUGCUGCUGAGCUCGUUCACCCUUAUGGUGGGCUCGGAUACCAUGCACCCCCUAUCACCGCGGUGGCCCUCGGCGGACUCGGCUACCCCCUCGGCAUUGGCGCUGGUGUGGUGGCUCCUCACGCGGUGAAAGGCAAAAUCGCUGCCCCGUUGGCGCCUUUUGUUGGUGCCAUCUAG